AUGACAAGAGAGAGUGUGUGGUUGUUAGUGAGGAGGAGCAAAUCUUUGUUUACACAAAAUCUGCGUAUUUUCUCAACAAUAUCUCAGGAUCCGAGGAAAAAACUGAUGGAGAAAAAUGAGAAGAUGAUAAAGGAUGUUGAGAAAAAAAUCACUCGUGUUUUGUUUUGUGGUUAUCACUUUCCAGCUUCUAAUCAAUAUACAGCUGAAUAUUUGCAGAAUCAUUCAUCUAUAAAGGUUGACGUUCUACCUUUGGAAGAAGUGCCGAAUGCUAUUGGCAACUAUCAUGCUUGCAUCGUAAAAAGUAUGAAGCUAGAUUCGAAUGUGAUUUCACGUGCAUUUCAGAUGCAGCUUAUAAUGCAAUACGGUGUUGGGCUAGAAGGCGUUGAUAUCGAUGCUGCAACAAAGCAUGGAAUCAAAGUUGCUAGGAUUCCUGGUAAUGUAACUGGAAAUUCUGCUUCGUGCGCUGAAAUGGCCAUAUAUCUAAUGCUCGGUCUCCUCCGUAAGCAAAAUGAACUGCAGAUUUCGAUAAAACAAAGAAAGCUUGGAGAGCCUACCAGUGAUACUAUAUUCGGGAAAACGAUAUUCAUUUUGGGCUUCGGGAACAUUGGAACGGAUUUAGCACGGCGAUUGAAACCAUUUGGUGUAAAAGUUAUUGCUACAAAGCGAAGCUGGGCUUCACCUGCACAACACAGUAGCGAAAUCAGAAAUGAUGUUGAUGAUCUUGUUGAUGAGAAGGGUACUUCUGAAGAUAUCUAUGAUUUUGCGGCGAAAGCUGACAUUGUUGUUUGCUGCUUAAGCUUAAACAGCGAAACGGCUGGUAUUGUAAACAAUAGCUUCAUAUCUUCUAUGAAAAAGGGUGCUCUUCUGGUGAAUGUUGCUAGAGGUCGUCUUUUAGACUAUGAUGCUGUGGUCGAACACCUUGAAUCCGGUCAUUUAGGAGGGUUAGGCACCGAUGUUGCAUGGACGGAGCCAUUUGAUCCCGACGAUCGGAUAUUGAAAUUUAAGAAUGUUAUCAUGACUCCUCAUAUUGCAGGUGUUACCGAACAUUCAUAUAGAUCCAUGGCUAAGGUUGUUGGUGAUGUGGUUCUUCAACUUCAUGAUGGGCUUCCUUUGACUGGGAUUGAGUUAGUCAAUUGA